AUGUGCAGCCUGCGUGCACUGUGCUCUGGCCUGCCUCUGCGGCCGCUCCCGGAGAACCGAGGGCGCUGCGCGGGGGUGCCCCACGCCCCGGUCCGGACCCCAGGCCUCAGCCCCGCAGAGGAACAGCUGGCGCUGAGGAAUGCCCUUCGGUACUUCCCCCCGGAUGUCCAGGAGCAGCUGGCCCCAGAGUUUGCCCAGGAACUGCAACUGUACGGGCACAUCUACAUGUACCGGUUCUGCCCUAACUUGGAAAUGAAGGCCUACCCAGUGGAGCAGUACCCCUGCCGGACUAAAGCUGCUGCAGCCAUCAUGCAUAUGAUCAUGAACAACCUGGACCCUGCCGUGGCCCAGUUUCCCCAGGAGCUCGUGACCUAUGGAGGAAAUGGGCAGGUGUUCAGCAACUGGGCUCAGUUCUGGCUGACAAUGUCCUACUUGUCACAGAUGACGGAGGAGCAGACGCUGGUCAUGUACAGCGGGCACCCGCUGGGCCUCUUUCCCAGCAGCCCUGGGGCCCCAAGGCUGGUCAUCACCAAUGGGAUGGUGAUUCCAAACUACUCCUCCAGGAUAGAGUAUGAGAAGCUCUUCGCCAUGGGAGUUACCAUGUACGGCCAGAUGACGGCGGGCAGUUACUGCUACAUUGGCCCCCAAGGCAUCGUCCACGGCACGGUGCUCACUGUCUUGAACGCCGGGCGUCGGUACCUGGGUGUCGAGGACCUGGCGGGCAAGGUCUUUGUCACCUCUGGGCUGGGCGGGAUGAGUGGCGCCCAGGCCAAAGCCGCAGUCAUCGUGGGCUGCAUCGGUGUGAUAGCAGAGGUGGAUGGAGCGGCCCUCAGGAAACGCCACCAGCAAGGCUGGCUAAUGGAAGUGACCAACAGCUUGGACCACUGCAUUGAAAGACUCAGGGAAGCCAGGAAGAGGAAGGAGGCACUCAGCCUUGGUUACCAUGGCAACGUGGUGGAUCUUUGGGAGCGCCUGGUCCAUGAACUGGACACGACGGGGGAGCUCUUGGUGGCUGGGUCAGACCAGACAUCCUGCCACAACCCCUUCAACGGCGGCUACUACCCCGUGCAGCUGGGCUUUGCGGAGGCUCAGAGCCUCAUGGCCUCCGACCCCGCUGCCUUCAAAGGCCUGGUCCAGGAAAGCCUGAGGAGACAUGUCUCAGCCAUCAACAGGCUGGCCCAGGGGAACUUCUUCUUUUGGGACUACGGCAACGCCUUCCUCUUAGAGGCCCAUAGAGCAGGAGCUGACGUGGGGAAGCCCGGUGCCAGCAAGAUGGAGUUCCGCUAUCCCUCAUAUGUCCAGCAUAUUAUGGGGGACAUAUUCUCCCAGGGAUUCGGGCCUUUCCGCUGGGUGUGCACAUCAGGGGACCCCCAGGACCUGGCGGUCACGGAUCACCUGGCCACAUCUGUGCUGGAGGAGGCCAUUGCUGGCGGAGUGAACCCUGCUGUGAAGCUGCAGUACAUGGACAACAUCCGCUGGAUCCGGGAGGCUGCCAAGCACCAGCUGGUGGUGGGCUCCCAGGCAAGGAUCCUGUACUCAGACCAGAAGGGUCGUGUGGCCAUUGCUGUGGCCUUCAACCAAGCCAUCGCCCGUGGGGAGAUCAAGGCGCCAGUGGUCCUGAGCCGAGACCACCAUGACGUCAGUGGUACAGACAGCCCGUUUAGGGAGACCUCCAACAUUCAUGACGGCUCCGCCUUCUGUGCGGACAUGGCCGUGCAGAACUUCGUGGGAGAUGCCUUUCGGGGAGCCACCUGGGUUGCUCUUCACAACGGUGGGGGUGUUGGCUGGGGUGAGGUGAUCAAUGGGGGAUUUGGCCUUGUGCUGGACGGGACCGAGGAGGCUGAGCAGAAGGCCAGGAUGAUGCUCAGCUGGGACGUCUCCAACGGAGUGGCCCGCCGCUGUUGGUCCGGGAACCGGAAGGCCUAUGAGAUCAUCUGCCAGACUAUGCAGGAGAACUCAGGCUUGGUGGUGACGUUGCCCCACGAGGUGACAGAUGAGCACAUGCUGCAGCAGGCCCUGCAGGCUUGAGCAGGACUGAGAGCCCGUGGUCCCCUCCCCUUCAGCCCCGUCCUCACCUCCACUACUCACUCUCCUCUCCGAGCUUCCCACACACCUCUUGUGUCCCACCACCCCCAAGGGAAUGUCACUGUGUCCCCAUCUCACAGACGAGCCCGCUGAGGCCAGACAGGUGGGGCCUCUGCCACCUCCCCUGGGAACCCGAGUUGGUGAGGUCUUUUUAAGGGCUGGGUCCUGCCACCUGGUGGCCCAGGCCCUGUCAGGGGAACAGUAGCUGAGCCAGGCACCCACCAGCCCCUUGGAGCCACCUGCAGGUCCCCCUUCUGCCAAGGAGCUGAGUUCCUUUGGUCGGUUCUCAGCCCUCACACUGUCCUCCCUCCACCCACCUGGGUGGCCAGGGGACUGGGCAGAGGUGGGCCUGCCACCCGUGCUAGCUGUCCAUGCAGGGACACCGAUGACCUCACUACACAAAGUGGCCCAGCUUUGACCACAUUACUGUCCCCUUGGUUCUCAGUCUUAGCCUUGGAUGGGCCCAAGGCAGGUUAACAGAUGACCCAUCCUGAACAAAAAGUUAAGAGAUUGGGGACAGAGCUCCAAGGGGCUGCAGAAAGCCUGACACGCCUCCCUUCCCGCGUCUAGCUGGGGACUGAGUCCUCAAACUUCAGCACUGCUUGUCUCCUCCCAGUGGCCAUUCUGCCUUUUCCUGGACUAGCAAAACCCCAGUGUUGUCUGGACAGUGAGAUACACAGAAAAAGUAGUUGAUUUUCCAGCACUCCCUGUAAUUAGGAGUGACUACUGGCCUAGUUCUAGCCCAUGGGGAGCCUGUUGUGGGACUUCUGGGAAAACUGUAAUAAAAAUGGACAGAUA